ACAAUUACAAGAACGAUAUAUAAGAACGACGUCGGGUUAGGACUACAAAAACCUGAAAACCUUUUUUCUUCUCAUCUCCAAGACAAAACUCUCGAACUUGUUUCUCAGUUUGCUUUAAGAUUAUUCGAUUUUGUCAUCAGCUCUCAAUCAAUGAGGAAUUCGGUGAAUCGGCCACCAACACCAGAUGAUACAGCGGAGGAGGAGGAGAAACAACCGACCCUUCAUGAAACAAUUAAUAUUAAGUUAAUUGAGAGUGGAGAGAAGGAAAGAUUAACGGAGCUUUUAAGAGAAAGGCUUAUUGAGUGUGGAUGGAAAGAUGAAAUGAAAGCUCUUUGCAGGGCAUUUAUAAAGAAGAAAGGAAGGAACAAUGUUACUGUGGAUGACCUUGUACAUGUAAUUACACCCAAGGGCAGAGUCUCAAUUCCUGAUUCUGUAAAGGCUGAGCUGUUGCAAAGAAUCCGUUCUUUUCUCGUUCAGGCUGUUGUUUGAUACGCCAGUCCAAUUUCCUAAAUUAUGUAGUAGUAGGAAAGCUGAAGUUGAUGAAUGGGAUGGAAGCUUUGUUUAUCAUCGUUUUGUCGAGGUCUCUUGAAAAGUGGAGGCAGCUAAGAUUUACUAUGCAUUUUGCAAAACGAAGGGAAUGGGAUAUCAGUUUGUGCUUCAGGCUUGAAUGAAGGCUCAUCAUCUUCUAGCUUUUAACCAUAGGAUCCGAAGAUUACUCUGUAGUUGUAAUGUUUGACAAUAUAAAUAUUUGCACGUCGACUAUUCUGUUAUUUUUGUGUGCCAUACUGUGCUGCCAUUUUCAAAAUGAAACUAUUUGGCUAGGAAGAUUUGGAAUUCAA